AGCCGGCCGGCCUCCCCUCCCUUCCCGCGUUUCCGGAAUUGCGGCGGAGAAGCAGAGGAACUGGACGACUGGAGGAGCACUGGCUGCUGAUUCGCUCACGCCCAGGCGGCAGCUGCCCUGCUUGCCGGUGCUGGCCUGGCCUGUCCACCACCACUUGCUUCAAUGCUUGAUGCUGCCUGCUCGCCUUCCCCAUGCCAUGCACAUGCCCUCCUCCUCUUCCUCUUCCUCCUCCACAUACAACUAGCCCUCCUCCCUCCUCCGACCUUCCCCUGCCAUACGCCGGCACCUUUCCAGAUUAAUUGCGCCACGCCACGUCGCCCUCGGCCACCACCACAUCCAUACGCGCGCCAUAUAAUACUAUCGCCGUGCGAGCGGAAGCAAGGGCCUGGUACUAGUAGCGCUCCCCCGCCCGCCCCGCAUGGCUGCACCCGCCGCGGCCAAGCGCCCCUGCUGGCCCCCCGCCGCCGCCGCCGAGCCCAACAAGCGCCACCGGACGGCCGCCGCCGCGCCCAUGGACGACGCCGCCGCCGCCGCGGAGGCGGACCGGUCCCGGGCGCACGCGCAGCAGCGGCAGCCGUGGGAGCGGCACCCGCAGCAGCAGCCCCUGCUCCCGGGCCUGCCGGACCACCUGGCCCACCUCUGCCUCGCGCCGCUCCCGCCGCGUCUCCUGCACACCGUCUGCCGGCCCUGGCGCCGCCUGCUCUACUCGCCGUCGUUCCCGCCGUUCCUCUCGCUCUACGCGGUCCUCGACGGCGGUGCCGAUGCCUCCGGCGCCGGCGUCUCGUUCGCAGCCUACGACGCCGUCGCGGGGCGCUGGGACGAGCUGCCGGCGCCGCCGAUGCCGUCGCCGCCGCCGAGGCUCUGGCACCCGUCCUUCCUCUCCCGCCGCCUCCCGCUCCAGUCCGUGGCCGCCGCGGGGCGCCUCGUCCUCGUCGCGGGCUCCACGCGGUCGCUCAGCCCGGCGCUGCCCCGCCCCGUGGUGUUCGACCCGUCCGCACCGUCGCCGCGGUGGCGGCUCGGCCCGCAGUUCCCGUUCGCGCCGCGCCGGUGGUGCGCCGCGGGGAGCGCAAGGGGGCGCGUGUUCGUGGCGGGCGGGGUGGGCGCGGGGUACGACGCCAACGACGCCCGGUCCGGCGCGGUGUGGGACCCGGCGUCGCCGGCCGCGGCGUGGGAGCCGCUCCCGCCGAUGCGGGACUGCCGGUUCAGCCGCGACGCCGCCGAGGCGGUCUGCUCCGGCGGGAAGGUCUGCAUGGUCAGCCUCCGCGGCCGCGGCGCCAAGGAGGGCGCCGUGUUCGACCUAGCCGCCGGGCGGUGGGAGGACAUGCCGCCGGGGAUGCUCGCCGGAUGGAAGGGCUCGGCCGCCGCCGUGGCGCCCGCCGGCGGCGCCGAGACGAUCUUCGUGGUGGACGAGGAGCGCGGGGCGCUGAGCGCUUACGACUGGGGCGGCGACCGGUGGAGGACGGUGGCGGAGUCGGAGCGGCUCAAGGGCGCGGCCGAGAUGGCGGCCGGCGGCGGCAGGGUGUGCGUUGCGGCCGAGGGCGGCGAAAAGGUGAUCGUCGUGGACGUGACGCCGCCGAAGCCACCACGGUGGGCGGGAUCGGGACCGUCGACGGCGCCGCCGCGCAUGUGGGAGGUGGCGGCGCCGCCCGGGAAGCGGGUGGUGGCGCUGCACGUGCUGCCCAGGAUGCCACGGGCGGAGUAGCCAGCCGGCAAAUCCGGCAGCUUCCGGCCGCGCGCCACGUCGGGAACCAUCUGGCUGCAUGCAUAUGGGAUUCGAUACACGUGCUGCUGCUACUACUGUACAGAGCCAUUCGCCUUCCUCCGUCCUCCUGCUCCAUUUUUUGUUGAGAAAUUUCUUCCCGAGUUUGAUUCUUUCGCGUUACAUAAGAGAGAUUCUGUGAGAUGAGAUAGACAGCUUGAACAAGUUUGAAUUGUAAAUCCAAAAUUUGACUUUUCCCGGGGUUUCUUUCCGUGUGAAAAAAAAAAUGAUGCUGUUCG